AAAAAAAAACAAACACACUUUUUGUUCGUGUCAGAGGUUAUUAAACUACGCCCUCAUCGCGCGCUCUUCUUCUCCUCCUCUCUCUCUCUCUCUCUCUCACAAUCCAAAUUCGAAUCUCCACUAAUCCACCAUCAGAUCUUAAACCCUAGCCCAAUCCCCUCGAAUUGGGUCUUCUCCCUCGAGAAUCAAAGGAAUCUCUAAUCGCUCGUUUCGAGGGAUUAAUUUGACUCAUCAAUGGAUGUCUCUCGAGGGUUUUCGUUAAUUACCAGAUCCGACUUAAAGAUUGGAAGCAGUGAAUUAGAUGAAAAGGACAUUGAAAGGCAGAGUCUUGGGACGAGUGAUAAUAACAAGACUGAACUGUUGUGUUCUUCUUCCAGCAAGCUUGCUCUCAAGACAGAUGCUGAUUGUAAUAAUAACGGAGCUUUGGUUAAGAGUAACGACUCGGUUUCUACCUGUCUGAACGAUGAUUUAUCCUCUGUUUGCGAUAAACCUGGUUCUUCGGAGUGUGGGAGUUCCAGUAACGAUCCAAUGAAGCUGUGGGAAGCGAUGAAACAAAACGGGUUUCUCUCCAACCCUCACGGCGGGGUUUCAGUGUCCUCUUCUCACGGAGGGAUACCUGCUCCUCCGAGGAAACGCGGUCGGAGAAGCAAGAGUAAUGAUGCUACUGAUAUGGUUAAGAAGAGGAAGGUUGAGAUUGCGAGGAAAGAAGAAGCUGAGAGGUUUGCUAGGUUAGCUGCUCCUAGUGGGCUGCUCAAUGAGCUCAACCCUGGGAUUAUAAACCAUGUGAGGAACAAAAGGCAAGUGCUCUCCAUCAUCCAAAGCAUUGUCGAGUCUGAUAAAGAUUCCGGAAACGUCUAUCACCACCACCCAAUGAGGCAUAGGAAGAACUUGGAAGGUGUCUACACUGAUGCCUCUAGAUAUGACAUGCCAGAUGGUGAGUUCAGUGAAGAUAACAAUACUACAGCAGAUAAGUUAUCGGAAAAUGCCAGUUCCUUGUCGAGCGAGGAGUCAGAAGGUUUGAAUCAUGCUAGUGUUCUUACUGUCAAAGCGGCUACAGUUGCGUCUCAGUGGUUGGAGUUGCUUCAUCAGGACAUCAAAUGCCGUGUUUCAGCUCUUCGCCGAAGCAAGAAGAGGGUUCGAGCAGUUGUGACUACAGAGCUACCUUUCUUAAUAAUGAAAGAGUUCCCAGCUGAUCAAGAGAAUGACCCAAAUUUACUCACCAGUGGAGCUUCGAGGUCUUCCACGGUCGUUAACCACAAGAACAGAUGGAUGGCGCUGUUUAACCAACUCGAACAAACACUAUCAGAAGAAGAGAAACAACUGGAGAACUGGUUAAACCAAGUGAGAGAGCUGCAAUCACAUUGUGACAGAGGUCUGCAAAACCUGAGCUUGAGUUCUGGUCAGAACUUCUUACAGUUAGGAAUGCCAAUUCACUCGAGAGCUGGGGAUGCACUUCUCUCAGAUAAGGAUUUUGUCGUUAGAGCAGCCGCAGCUUCCAUAUACUCGACCUGUAACUUUCUAGCAUCAAAGGAGAAUAUAGCCUUUACCUGAAUUCCUUUGAGCUUCUGACCAGUUUCUGAUUUAAGCUUUUUAGUUGACAACUUUAGUUUAAGCUUUCAUGGCAGAGUUUUUUCUUUCUAUGUCCAUCUGUAACACUAGUAGCAUUGCUCAUCAGCCUUGUCUUUUUCUACUUUUAUAGAUUUAUUUUCUCUGAAUUUAACACCUGAAAGUUAUAAACAUCUCGUCUGAUUAGUAAAAUAGUAUUAAUAGUUA